AUGUCGGUCACUGAUUCCGCCGCAAAUUUCCGUGCGAGGGCCAUCGCGCUGGGGCUUGAUGAGGCCGUUCUGCAGAAGAUCGUCGACGGGGGUAUUGACACAUUGGCCAAGUUUGCUUUUUCGUCUUCAUACACCCCGGGCGCUCAGGAUGAGAAGCCUUUUCUUGAUUCCAUCGCAACUCUUCUGGGUAGGGAUGGUAGCGUGGGAGAAUUGUCAGUACUUCGACGCUUAUUCCAUGAAUCCUACUCUCUCACCUCUGCUGAGUUGAAGCAGUCAGUGGAACGUGUCGAGGACGGGCCUGUCAAGAGAUUGGCUCAGCCAGACAGGGCCGACCGGUUGGCCAAGCAACAGAAACGCUUGCCUGGGAUAAGCAUCCGAGGUCCUCUUGAGCCAUCUGAUCGACUCGUGGAUCGUUGCGUGGCGAUCUAUGAGGAAAACCGGCUUGUCUACGUUGAGCUUUCAGCCUGCACCUCUAAGGAAGAUGAAAUUAAGCAAGCCACGCUCAAGGAGGACAGGCAUCUUGUCGUAGAAAGCGGGGGAAAUGUUCGACUCAAAGGCCUGGUGAACAACAAGAUGGAUGCAGACAUUUCCUCUGAUUUGCUCAUGCGGUAUGCUCUUACUAGGCGUGGCCUAGCGAUGGAGCAAGCGGGAAUCAUCUCAUAUACACUGCAUGACGCUUGGACCGAGCAACUGCUCGCGUGCCGUUUCCGAGAACCCCCGACAGGGUACAGCCGCGUUUCCUUGCAACAGGUCAUUCAUGCUGACAGGCAAUUCUUCAUCAAACUUGCCGAGCUCACCCGGGAAGGAAUACAGCUUCAGGCGAAGGGUAGGCCAUGUGAUUUGCACUUCGAGACAGCUCGCAAUCACCCGGAUGUGGCGCACCUAAUGCAACCCCUUCUUGCAGCGGUGCCUAGACCAGACCCCACAUGGACGCCCCGAAAAGGCGACGGCAAGAACAGCAAGGGAGGUAAAGGUCAGAAGGGCGGUAAAGGGAAGCGGGACACCACUGCCAUCACUGUCGGAGCCGAUACAGGUAUGAGCGUUGAUGCAGCCGGCGGUGCUUCCGCCGAAAUCCUUUCACAACAGUUGCUUGAGGCUGACAGGUUGCCCACUCCAGAGGAGAUUGAAGAGCUCGUUAGCCUCUUGCCGCAUGGCGAGUUGACCGGCGAACGCCGGAGCAACGCGGUUGAACUGGAAGCCUUGGGGUUCGCACUUCCAUCGCAGUACCCCGCCACCGGCAACCAGGCAAUUGCGCGGCACCAUGGACUUGCUUGCCCCGACGUGGCAUUGUCAUCCACGCCAACUGGUGUUGCCCAGCAAAAACGAGGCAAGCCUGAAGCUUCGCUCCUGCCUGAGUUCGGCAAGGUCUUGCAGGUAGAUGUCGAUCAGGUUCCGCCAGUGAACCACAAGCAGUGCCUCACUCGCCCGUUGGGCGAGGUGCCAGCAGGAUCCAAGCUCAUCGCCACGUCUCUUCUCAGGGGUGAUGCGGGUGGCGAUGCGGGUAACGAGGGUAAGAGAUUUCGCCUUUCUUUAGGAGUCUUUGCCACGCCAGAUGAGUUCGUUGAUGCGGCCAAGGACUUGCUACAUCCUUUUGCUGCUUCGGCUGUUCUGUCGCCUAUCGUGAAAAGGCGUUUGUUUGAGGCCUUGACCAAAGGUCCUGAAUGGGUUCAGCGACAACGGUGCUCCAAAUUGAAAUUGUGGCUUAGCUGGGCCAAAGAACUGCAAGUUGCCGAAGGAGAAAUGAAAGGUAAGCUAGAUCCUGACAUUGGCCGUGUGCUUCGAGGCAAGCGCUUGUUGCUUCUGAAGCGUAUUGCUGAUGAUAUGGACUGGCCCGACAAGGAUUGGUUGGGUGAGCUCUUGGAAGGGUUUGACUUAGUCGGUAGUCAGAAGCACACCGGGGUCUUCAAGCGAGAGUUGCGACCACAAGCAAGAACUAAGGCGGACUUUCUUGAUGCUAGCAAGUUCUUGCGACCGGCACUUCUGGGCAAGGUCGCCUCUGAGGGUCUGAACGAGCAUUCUCAGGAACUCUGGGACAAGACCUUGGAAGAGGUGACGGACGACCUUCUUGAAGGACCUCUGACGCAGGAGGAGGUUCAUGCCAGACAUGGUGACCAUUGGGUCCCGGUUAGGAGGUUCCCGGUGGUACAAUCUUCAGCGGGCAAGAGGAAGCUUCGACCGAUUGAUGAUUUUUCGGAGAAUCUAGUCAACGGUUCUUUUUCUUAUGCCGAUAAGAUUGACUUACGUGCCCUUGACGAAAUCAUUGCCAUCUGCCGAUGCUGGACCCAGGCAUGCACUUCAGAACAUCAGUUCUUUUUCGCGAUGCCUGAAGGGCCACCGUUGGUGGGCCGUGUCCACCCUUUGUGGGUCAGCGGGGCUUGGGAGCCUUUGCUUACAACGUUCGAUUUGAAGAAUGCUUAUCGUCAAUUCCCAUUGUCACCAGGCAGCCGUGCUCAUGCGAUCAUUGCACUGUUGGACCCGAGCAGUCUUGGCGUGGGUUUGUUCGAGUCCAAAGCGCUACCUUUCGGUAGCACGGCGUCGGUGGUGCACUUCAAUCGAAUGUCACGUUUGUUUUGGAGGAUUGGCCUUGAACUUCACCUGUGGUGGAGCAAUUUUUAUGAUGACUACCCAGUCAUGACGCCAACACUGCUUAAGGAUUCCACCAUGGCGACUAUGAUGCUCCUGUCCCAGCUGUUAGGGUUUAGUGCCUCCCUUGAGAAGUUGGCCCCAUUUUCUUCGGUUGGUACGAUGUUGGGCGUUGAAGUAGACUGCAGUUCAGCGCCCGAUGCGCUCAUCCGUGUUCGCAACAAAGAGGGUCGUGCCAGCGAGGUGUGUGAGGUCAUACAGGGAUGCAUUAAGGCUGGUGUGGUAAGGCAAAGAGAUUUCGCCCGUGUCGCUGGCAGGAUUCAGUUCUCAGACUCGCAAAUCAUGGGACGUACCGGCAAACUAGCUUUGGCAGAGUUGCGAGCCUCAUCGGCCAGGCAUGCUGACAAGUUCCGUCUUGGAGAGCAGGAGGUUAGGGCCUUUGAUUUCUUGGUCAGUCGACUGUCCUUUGGUGCUCCUAGGGUUGUACCCUGUUCGGUUCCUCCGAAACCGAUUCUUGUCUUUACCGAUGGCGCCAGCGAAGGAUCUGUCCACACAGUGGGGGGAAUCAUGUUUGACCCGCGUGAACAACAACCGAAGUACUUUGCUUGCCAUGUGUGCGACAGUGUCGUCUCGACCUGGUCCCGGGACCUUCAGCACAUCAUAGGUCCAGUCGAGGCCUACGCUGUGCUCACGGCGAGAAAGGUCUUUCAUCAGUCUCUGUCGGGACGAUAUUGCGUGUACUUCAUUGAUAACGACGGGGUACUGCUUAGCUACAUCAAGGGUACGUCUUCUAGCAAACCUAUGCGAGAUAUUUUGCUGAUGUGGGAGUCCUUGGAGAUGCAUGCUCACACGUGGGCGUGGUGGGCUCGUGUGCCAUCCGCAUCCAACCCAGCCGAUGCGCCGUCAAGAGGCGAGCUGGAUGAGCUUGUCAAAGCUGGGGCAUUGCGUGUGGAUUGUGAUUGCCCGCUUACCGGUACAAGACUUGUCGACUUGUAA